UGUCGUCAUCUUCUUGCGACCUCUCUCGCUCCUCUAUCCAGGAAGGACAAGAAGACAGAAAAACAAACAUGUCUGGAAGCUUUUACUUCGUCAUGGUCGGUCAUCAAGACAACCCCGUGUUUGAGAUGGAGUUCCUGCCGUCAGGGAAGCCUGAGUCAAAGGAUGACCACCGUCACCUGAACCAGUUCAUUGCACAUGCGGCUCUAGACCUGGUGGAUGAAAACAUGUGGCUGUCCAACAACAUGUACCUGAAAACGGUGGACAAGUUCAACGAGUGGUUUGUGUCCGCCUUUGUCACCGCAGGACAUAUAAGAUUCAUCAUGCUGCAUGACGUGCGACAAGAAGACGGAAUCAAAAACUUCUUUAACGACGUGUACGACUUAUACAUUAAGUUUGCAAUGAAUCCAUUCUAUGAAAUCAACGCGCCGAUCCGCUCGACGGCCUUUGAGAGGAAAGUCCAGUUUCUCGGGAAGAAGCAUCUCCUCAGUUAAUCGCGGAUUCGAAUGUGUCUGUCUGUCGUGUAUAUACCUAACACACUUGAUUCAUGUCUGUAUGUUCCGUCUUUUGUUGUUUAAACAUGUGUAAAAUGAAUCUAACGCACAUUUCUAUAAAACAUUUUCUUGUCAGAUCUAUA